CCAUGAACAGUCAACUGUUGGCAGAUCAGCAAUUGGCCAAGCUUUACUUUGUACUUCGUGCAGGUCACAGCUCGAACGAAAAUGCUUCCGAAGAUAUGCAGAUGGCUUACUCGACCGCACGAGAGCACAAUGACAACGAGGAGCUGCAGGGCUGGAUCACUGAGGACGAGUGUUUGAAAAUGGACGAGAAAUCGCUCACCAAACGACACGUGUUUGUGUUUGAGAAGUUCUCCGGAAGCGCAUUCGAACACGCCCGCAAAUCGCCCUCCACCGUGAUCGGACCGCGCUGUCUCAUCAGCUGCUUCAUGGACAACGAAACAAUACCGCUCGGCGUACAUCCGGUGUACACGACGGCGAUGCGCAAUCUGACCGUUUGCAGCUCCGGUCUAAAGGCGAAGGAAAAAUCGCUCAUCAGUCAACUGGUGUGCCAUAUGGGCGGGUACUACCUGGACGUGCUGAAUGCGAGCUGCACCCAUCUAGUGUCCUCCACAGUUAAAUCGGUCAAGUAUGAGAAGGCGGCCGAAUGCAAACUGCCCAUCAUGCAUCCGGACUGGGUAAAUGCGGUAUGGGAGGAAAGUCAACGGCGGGAUCUGCACGCAACCGAACCCGGCAUGAUCGAACGCUACCGUUUGCCGGUAUUUUUCGCCUUAACGAUCACUUCGACCGGGUUGACUGCGGUGCGAAAGAACGAAAUUAAAUCGUUGAUCGAAUCGAACGGAGGCAACUAUGUGGGUUCGUUCAAAUCGGAAACAACGGACAUAUUGAUUCUGGAGAAAACGGGAACCGAUUCGGCAAAAUUUAGAGGUGCCGUCCGAUGCAACAAGGAAUGUCUCACGCCGGAAUGGAUUGUGGACAGUGUGGCCAGUGGGUAUGUGCUACCGGUUCGAGAGUACGAAGUAAAAAGCCUUAAAGCUUCUACACCGACGAAAGACAAUGAACAGUCGAUCGUUGCUUCCGGUACGGUUGGAGUACGCAUGUCCGGCGGUCAAUUUAAUCCCGACUGCACACAACUGUCUGAGAUUUCACAUGCCAACUUUUCGUCUCGUAACGAAACAAUCAAUGAUAGCGUAAUGAGCGGUGCAGGAGAUGCCAACCCGCCUACUACUUCCGGUGUUCAACGUCCCGCCGGAAGCCAACGAUACCGGGAGGUUCUCGCACGUAUGACAGUGCAGCAGGCAAAGAAGGCCGGUCCGGUGCUGGAUGGGUGUAGCGUCUUUCUGAGCGGCUUCACAGCGGAUGAAAAGGAAAAGUUGAACAAAAUCCUCAAUUCCGUCGGUGCUGUACGGUACGAUGAGAUAUCCGGCGCCAUUAGCCACGUGAUUGUCGGUGAGCAGCAUGUGUCUGAGUUGGCAAAGUUUCGCGAUUCAACAGCCCACCUGCUUACGCUCGAUUGGUUAGCAAAAUCGAUCGAACUGCAUCAACUUGCACCGGAAGAUGCGAGUGAAUACACGUUCCAACCGUCCGGCAAAGGGAUCGUCGAUCGCGCACCGGAACCACCGUCGCCAUCGAGCAAGAAAAAUCUUCAGCGUAUGAACAGUAGCGUAUUUAAGCGACCGGAUGUGCCAAAAUUCCGCCUAGAGGAGCCAACCCCAUCCGGAACGAGUAAAGCGUCGGUUCCACCACCGAAACCGGCACCGCCUAAACAACCGACCGAAGUAGAUUCGAUCAUGCUGCAGUACAUGGAGAAGAAUAUGGCGGAAAAGCUACCGGUCGAACCGAAACCGGCACCAUUGUCCGGUACGUCCUCCACCAGCAGUAUGAGCCAGUUGGAUUCGGAGCUAGAAUCACAGUAUCCGGAGUUUAUGCUCGGUAAAACACUGUUCGUGUUUGGUUUUACGGAUGAGGAUGCGGUACAGAUCCUGUCCGAUUGUAAGGAAUGCGGUGGAACGAUCGUGGACGAACGCUACACGGACGAGGUCGAUUACAUUGUGCUGCCGACGACUUGCAUCGGUACGCCGGAUUUUGCCGUGCGUGGAAAGCAUACCGUCAACUGCAUUUGGCUGGAAACUUCGAUACAGAGUGGCCAAUGUUGUUCGAUGGAGUACUACUACGAGCCGAUCAUUCACGGUGAAAAUGAUCCAACGCCACUGGCAGAUGAAACGGUCGUUAUUAGCUCGUACUCUGGCCCGGAACGGGAAUUUCUGAUUGCGUUGGGGAAAAUAUUGGGAGCUUGUGUGCAGGAACGUCUCGUCCGGAAGGCGGCACCAUUGCUGGUGUGUAAGGAAGCGGCCGGUGCCAAGUAUAAUGCGGCUAUCCAGUGGGAUUUGACGGUGGUACGUGCGGAAUGGUUACGAGAGUGUGCCCGGCAGAAGCGUCGCGUGCCGGAAAAUCCUUACCUCGUUGGGGAUUCAAUCUGUUCUGUGAAGAACAAUGUCGCUGGUGCUGUUGCGGCCUGCUUUCCAACGACAUCCACCGACGACGUGGACAUCGAUUCCGUUCGGGAAGAAGUACAGAAGGAGCCAAAGGAUGAAGAACCUUCCAUGAUGCCACAAGCAUCGUCGACGAUGAAACCACUCCCGAAACCGACGUCUGGCGGUGAGUUCCAGUACAUCACGGUACAGAAAACGCACGAGGAAACGGAACUGCAGUACGGGUUUAAGCGACUGUCCACACCGAAGCUAAGGCAGCUUACGAGCGACGAACGGAUGCUGUACUCACAGGAGAUGGAUCAGUAUGAAGAUCUGAUCAAGGCUCAGCGUGCCCAGAGGAAACCCUUUGAUCCGAACGAAGGCACAUUAGUGCCGGGUGCGAUGGAGUCACCUGCUCGGGAUGUAUUACGAACACGCCGCUUUACAGCCAUUUCGGAGGCAGAAUGUAGAGCAUCGUCGUCCUCAUCCCGAUCACCGGUAACUCCCGUUGGGGCCGGUGCGCCAGGCGCGAGCAGUGCCAACGUUACUCCGAUCGGUGCUGCUGGUGAAGAAUACGAAGCGAUGAGUGUGACACAACGGGUGAUGGACUUUGACACACCGAUCCGCACCACACUGUACAAGGUGUUAAAGGAGGCGGAAGAAGCGGAUCGUAACAUUACACCCAGAACGAGACGCGUCCAGGAACUGCUAGCAACACCACACGCUGGUCCCGGGAAGGCCGGUGAUGGACGCAUUCGUACACCAACGCUUCCCGAGUGUAUGACCAAACCCGUCACACCGUACGGCUUCCGACCGGACGCCAGUCCCGACAAUCAUGCCUAUCACAAGCGCAAGUUACAGCACUGGGAUCGCUACUACAAAACGUCCACCGCCAGCUCCACGGCAGCAGGCCCCGCCGCGGAAUCGGGUGAAGAAACGGCUUCCCAAAAAGCACGCCGCUUAAGCACACCGAUUAGCGAGAUUAAACGUCGAUUCUAUGUGGAAAAGUUUGGCGAUGGAUACGCGAACCAUAUCGAAUCCAAGUGUACGACAGCUCCACGCAAGAUGCCGGAUUUAAAUCACUCCGGCGAUGGGGAUACAGAUCAUGAGGAAGAGAUCGCUAACACAGCACCACAGCCACAGGAGAAAGGUCCUACGCCACCGGUAACGAAAGCCGUCGUUCGUUCGGCAAACUCAUCGUCCGGAUCGCUCGAGCGAAGCAACACAAGUGCGGACAAACGAUCACGCAGCGAACUGGAGGAGCAUGAGGAGGACGAUUUGGACGAAAGUGACAAGCAGUAUCGUAGUCCUGCGCGGGAUGAACAGGAACCAGCCGCGAAAAAACCACUGCUGAAUGUUGGUAGAGGGGACGAAUUCGUGCAGCGAUUGAGUGAUGUUAUUGCGGCGGCUAAGGAGUCGGCCAAGAAGAAGGCCAAGAUUCAGCUACAACCCGAUACGGAGCAUAUACCGACGGAACAGUACACCGAGAUGGAUUACGAUUCGGAAAUAAACGUUGGGGGCGUCGUAUGGCGCGAGCGUGACAUUGAAAACAUCCAAGCGAAUGAGAGCACGAAACCAUCCUCGAAAGGCAAAUCAAACGAUACGAUCCACGACAAAAGCGUAAAAGAGAAAAGUCCAGCCCGUGCAGCGAAUCCUUGCGGUAUGAAGCACAAAGGCAUACCUGUAUUUGCCAUCUCGGGCGUACCGGAAAAUGUGCGCCAAGAUUUGGCAAGAAAAAUUGAACAUUUACAAGGCCAGCUAGCGUCCGAUCCGAACCGGUACGAUCCGGAAUGUACGCACAUCCUGUGCGGUAAGCCGAACCGGGGCGAAAAGAUGCUGUCUGGAAUAGCGGCCGGAAAGUGGCUACUCUCUACCAAGUAUCUGGACGACAGUUACGAUGCGGGGUACUUUUUGGAUGAAGAGUCUUACGAAUGGGGCAACCCGAAAGCGGCAAGUAAAUUGACCGCACUGGCGUCGGCUGGCGAUUUGGAAACGGCCGCCGCAGCUUACACCUGGCGUACGCGCAUCGCAAACGACGUGGGUAAGCGUGAUGGGGCGUUUACCGGUUUUCGGGUGCUGCUGGUGGUACCGAAGAAGGAUCAGUUCGUACGGUUGAUACAGUCCGGUGGUGGAUUCGUGCUCGAUCUUGACCCACCGUUUAUCAGCUCGGAACGUGCGAUGUCGGCCACACACUGCUUUGUGGACCGGAAGGCAAAACUGUCCAGCGAGGAUCAUCGGGCACUGGCGGAAGCUGGGAUUGCGGUACUGUCCAUCAUGUAUCUAAAUGCGUACCUAACAUCAGCUAGUUUGCCCGAUCCGAACAAUUUCCAGUUGCCGAUCUAA